CUUCAGCUACUACCUUUGCCCAGACCCUUCUGUGUCAUCUGCCAAGGCCAGAGGGUAAAGUGCCAGGGCUGGGUAUGGAGAAAAGGUGAACACAGACAAUCGUGCUCAAUACAUCUGAACCUCCACCCUGGCCUUAAGGAAAGGAUAUGGAUUUUGAGAGAAAGAGGUGUGCAUAGACAAGUCUGAAGUGGAGCUGAGGAAUCCGGAGGAGAGGUGGGCAAUUGUUUCAGGCAGGGUCAAGCAAUGCGGAGCCAUGUGGAGAGGGAGAUGCACCUAGGUCUUAAGUUAGGAAGUGUGUCACUCUGGCCUUCCCCCUCAGGGUUCUCCUGAACGUGGAGUCAUUGAGUUGGGCAGGUGAGUCCAAGAUGACGAUUUGGAGACUGGAGGGCGGACCAAUUGCUGACCAGUUGCUGGGUGGUUCCAACCUGACCCCUACCUUGGCCUCCCGUGGGAGAGGCUGUGAAUAAUUAGAAAGAAGAGAAAAAUAGAAGUAGAGCUGCCCCAGGCGUGGGAAGACAGAAGCGUAGGAGUGGAGAAAGUGGCACAGACCAGAGAGCCCUGGAGAUAAAUCUGAAGCCCAGAAGAAGGCUGUGCUGGAAAGCUGGCAACAGCGGUGGUCUAGGGAGCGGCGGGAGGGCAGGCUGGUGGGGGGCGGGCAGUGUGUCGUCAGGAGCUGGGCGGCCCUGCGGCGGCCGCAGCUGCCUAGCCCGGGAGUCCAGUCCCGCUCGGGCUCCUUCGCCCCAGCUCCUCCGACGACGGUGAGGUGAGCUCUCCCGGGGCAAGGUAGGAGCCCCGCCAGCCCCGCCCCACUCGCACACUAUCGCACCAGGGCAGAAGGGCCGCGGAAGGGGCCGCCCCACCGGCUGGGUGAGGGCUGCCGCGUCCGGAGGAGGGAGGAAGCGCUGACAGCUGGAACCCGCUGCUGGAAGCGUUCGCGCUGGGACGCGGGGAGCUGCCGGAGGGGCUGGCUGCUGCAAGACCCGGGCUUACCCUCUGAAAAAGAAACCCCAGAAGCUGUAUUACCGGGCUCUCUUCGUGCUGCUCCUUGAGAAGAAAAAGAGGAUGGCCAAAGAGAAGGGCCUCAUCAGCCCAGAAGACUUUGCCCAGCUGCAAAAAUACAUGGAAUACUCCACCAAAAAGGUCAGCGAUGUUCUGAAGCUCUUCGAGGACGGGGAGAUGAGCAGAUAUCGCCGAGGAGAUGCCAUUGGAUACGUGGGAUUUGAGCAGUUCCUGAAGAUCUAUCUGGAAGUGGAUGAAAUUCCCUAUCACCUCUGCUGGUCUCUGUUUUGGUCAUUUCACACUAGUAGUAGUGAUCAAUGCUCGGAGGCGACGGAGACUAACGCCAGUAUGGUCUGUCUCAGUGAUGUCUCCUGCUACUUCUCCCUCCUGGAGGGUGGCCGGCCAGAAGACAAGCUAGAAUUCACCUUCAAGCUGUACGACAGGGACAGAAACGGGAUCCUGGACAGCUCGGAAGUAGAAAAAAUCAUCCUUCAGAUGAUUCGCGUGGCUGAAUAUCUAGACUGGGAUGUGUCUGAGCUGCAACCGAUUCUUCAGGAGAUGAUGAAAGAGAUUGACUACGAUGGCAAUGGCUCUGUCUCCCUAGCCGAGUGGGUCCAGGCUGGGGUCACCACUGUGCCGCUGCUUGUGCUUCUAGGGGUGGAUAUGACUAUGAGGGAUAAUGGGGAACAUAUGUGGAGACCCAAGAGAUUCUCCAGACCAGUCUACUGCAACCUGUGCGAGUUGAACAUUGGCCUCGGCAAACAGGGACUGAGCUGUAACUUCUGUAAGUACACUGUUCAUGACCACUGUGCCAUGAAGGCCCUGCCUUGUGAAGUCAGCACCUAUGCCAAGUCUCGGAAAGACAUUGGUGUCCAGUCACACGUGUGGGUUCGAGGAGGCUGUGAUUCUGGGCGUUGUGACCGCUGCCAGAAAAAGAUCCGAAUCUACCACAGCCUGACAGGACUGCAUUGUGUGUGGUGCCACCUGGAGAUCCAUGAUGAAUGUCUGCAGGCUGUGGGUCCUGAAUGCGACUGUGGGCUGCUCCGUGACCAUAUACUGCCUCCAUCUUCCAUCUACCCCAGGGUCCUGGCAUCUGGACAAGAUCGCAAACUGAAGACCACAGAUGAUACAACCCUCUGCAACAUUAAGGCUCUUCGGAUUGACCCUGUUCCCAACACCCACCCACUCCUAGUCUUUGUCAAUCUGAAGAGUGGAGGGAAGCAGGGGCAGAGGGUGCUUUGGAAGUUCCAGUACAUGCUAAACCCUCGGCAGGUGUUCAACCUGAAGGACGGUCCAGAGCAAGGGCUCACAUUUUUCAAAGACGUUCCUCAAUUCCGGGUAUUGGUGUGUGGUGGAGACGGCACAGUAGGCUGGAUUCUAGAGUCCAUUGACAAAGCCAACUUGCCCGUUGUGCCUCCGGUAGCUGUAUUGCCCUUGGGCACUGGGAACGAUCUGGCUCGUUGCCUAAGAUGGGGAAGAGGUUACGAAGGUGAGAAUUUGGGGAAGAUUCUCAAGGACAUAGAGAUAAGUAAGGAUGCUUCAAUUGCUCACCAAUUCCACCUCAUGCGAGAGAAAUAUCCUGAGAGGUUCAACAGCAGAAUGAAAAACAAGCUGUGGUACUUGGAAUUUGCCACAUCUGAAUCCAUCUUCUCAACAUGCAAAAAGCUGGAAGAGUUUUUGACAGUUGAGAUCUGCGGGAAGCCGCUGGAUCUCAGUGAAGUAUCCCUGGAAGGCAUUGCAGUACUGAAUAUCACCAGCAUGCAUGGCGGCUCCAACCUCUGGGGUGAUACCCGGAAACUUCAUGGGGAUACCAGUUCAAUCAACCAGGCAUUAGGGAACGUGGCCAAAAUCAUUACAGACCCCGAUAUCCUGAAAACCUGUGUGCCAGACAUGAGUGACAAGCGGUUGGAAGUAGUAGGAAUAGAGGGUGUCAUUGAGAUGGGCCAGAUCUAUACCAAGCUCAAGAAUUGUGGACAUCGCCUGGCCAAAUGCUCCGAGAUCACAUUCCGGACCACAAAAACCCUCCCCAUGCAAGUUGAUGGGGAACCCUGGAUGCAGGCUCCUUGCACAAUCAAGAUCACCCAUAAGAACCAGAUGCCUAUGCUCAUGGGCCCAGCCUCCAGCUCCUACAAUUUAUUUGGCUUUUGGAGUUGAGGAUACCCUCUGCCCUGUGCCCACCUCCCUGUUCCUGGAGAUUUCCCUCUAUGCUCUGUACAUUGCUGCCACAUGCUCCUGUCAGCCCAGAAGGAUGUUUCUCUCCUUCACAGUAUUUAUUACCCUGCACCACCUCACUGUUCCCACAGACACAUUCAUACCAAAAACACAUAACAUUAAAAGUGCCUCAUCUAAUAAAGUGUCUUUUUCCAUCACUGA